AAAAAGAACAUUCGGCCAAUCAAAUGUGGCGCAGAGCUGUUGUCGCGGCAAGACGGGGCGAGCCUGGGCCGCUGCUUGGCUGCUGCCGCUCGAUGGCGUCGCGGCGGCCCCGGAGGGCGGAGCGCGCAGCUCAUGCAGAAUUUCAGCUUGAUGACAUUGAACUUAUGUGGACAACUGUGAUUAAAAAAUAACUGAAUUUGUGCAGUUAUAAACACGUAGAAGAGUUUGUCAUCAAAUGUUUGGAAGUAGGAUCUAUGUAACCUUCUUAACAGGGACUGAAGAUUAUAUACUUAAAAUGACCCUUCAGGAGAUGGUGCAUCAGGCAGCCAGCCUGUAUUCUGAUAGAAAAGCAGUAUGUUUUGAUGAAUGUAAUGAUAAACCUCCAGUUUUCUACACUUACAAGGAGGUUGUUAGUCUUGCCACAGAAUUAACAGUUUUCCUGCAAAACUACUGUGACCAAAGAGGAAGGUUUGAAAUAGGCCUUUACUGCUAUCCUGGAAUAAAUUUACCAUCUUGGAUUUUAGGAUUUAAUGGCAUUAUCUCCUGCACAUGCUCAACUUCACUGAUGAAAGCAAGAAAACAAAUCCUCCAAGUUCCAGCUGCAUAUUCUCCUCUUGAUCCAGAUGCACCACCAGUGUUAUCUAACUAUUUUAUGAAGAAAUGUAACCUCCAGUAUAUCCUUGUUGAGAAUGACAAAAUAAAUAAAUUCAAACUAUCCCACGCUGGCUGGUUUUACCAGAGUUCUUUUGCAAUAGAUGAUGUUGGUUUAACUCUUUUCCAAAUUAAUUGGAAUGAUGUUGAUGUAAAUCUGCUGUUAGAUGGCGCAGAAGACAAACAUGGAAUCUCCAGAGCUGCAAGUAAUUGGGAGACAGAUUACAUAGCUGACCUGGACCAACUUAAAUCAAAGACAUCACAAAGUGGGUACAUGGAUGUCAGGCAGCAACAUUCUCUGGCAUACAUCUUGCAUACAUCAGGAACUACAGGGAUCCCCAGAAUAGUCAGAGUACCUCAUAAAUGUAUUGUGCCAAAUAUUCUUCAUCUUCAAUCCCUAUUUAAGAUCACACCACAUGAUAUGCUGUUCCUGGCCUCACCUCUGACGUUUGAUCCAUCUGUAGUUGAGUUGUUCAUUGCUCUGACAAGUGGAGCCUCUCUGCUUAUAGUACCAAACCCCAUAAAAAUGAUGCCUCUGAAGUUGUCUGCUGCUCUUUUUCACCAUCACAGGGUGACAGUAUUGCAGGCAACGCCAACAUUUCUCAGACGAUUUGGAGCUCAACUUAUUAAGUCAACUGUGUUGUCUACCAGUACUUCACUCCGUGUCUUAGCCCUCGGUGGAGAAGCAUUUCCUGCACUGAAUGUCUUGAGAAGCUGGAAGGGAAGGGAAAACAAAACACAUGUUUUUAAUCUCUAUGGCAUUACAGAAGUAUCAAGCUGGGCCACAUGCUACAGGAUUCCAGAAGUUCUUAGCUCUGAUCUUCGAUUUGAUUCCCCUGUACCACUGGGAUCACCACUGCUUGGAACAGCAGUUGAAGUCAGAGAUGCCACUGGUUCUGCAGUUCUAGAUGGAGAGGGACAAGUUUUCAUAGGUGGUAAAGAACGAAUCUGCUUCCUUGAUGAUGAAGUAACUGUCCCUUUGAACACAAUGAGAGAAACAGGGGACUUUGUGAGAGUGAAGGAUGCAGAGAUGUUUUUCUUAGGACGGAAGGACAAUCAGAUUAAACGUCAUGGCAAACGUCUUAAUAUUGACUAUGUACAGCAGGCUGCUGAAGGUCUUUGUCAUGUGGAAGCCUGUGCAGUGACAUGGUAUCAACAAGAAAAGUUAAUCUUGUUUGUUGUACCUAAAGACAACUUAGCAAGAGACACUCUUAAGGAACUCCAGAAACAUCUCCCAACCUACGCAAUCCCUGAUGAACUUGUGCUGAUAGAAACUUUGCCUUUCACAUUGCAUGGUAAAAUUGAUGUUUCUGAGCUGCGCAAGAUUUACAGUAACCAUCUAAAUUCCAGAAGGCAUGACAGUAAACUGAGCGGAGCAGAGGAAUUGUGGGAAAGAUUGCAGUAUUUAUGGAAGUCUCUCCUGGGUCGUCCAGAUGAUUCACGCAGCAUUUCCAAAGAUUCACUGUUUCUGUACAGUGGUGGAGAUUCCUUGAAGUCACUACGGUUUCAUGAUGAGAUUGAGAAUUUGGCAGGCAAGGCCAUUCCUGGGCUCCUGGAAGUUAUUCUCAGCAGCUCCAUUGCUGAGGUUUACCAACAUGUUCUUAAAGCUGUAUUCCCAAGUGAGGACCAAAUAAUGAAUCAUAACACUGUGAAAAGAAAACUGAAUGAGAGCAGUGGAGAGGAAUUCCAUGGAGAAGACACAAAACCAAAAUCUAGAAGGUACUUUAAUGCUGCUGCAGGAUUGAUUGCAUUUAUUGCACUAAACCGAGGAAAUCGGAUGUUGUCGAUGACUUCCCCUGAGUCUCUUAUGAGCCCAUAUAAUGCAGGACAGGCAGGAACAGAGUUAAGACAGCAAGCAUCUUAUUCAUCUGCUGUAACUUCUAAUACAAUGAAAUAUGAAGUGACAGAGAAUAAAUCUGGAAAGAGCAGAAGCAAUCCAGAAAUUGCAAGCAAGGCAAAUGAAACAGGUACUCAUUCUGUAGAACAAGCUCCUUCAAAAAUGCCUGAGAAGCUGAUAUUACAUGUAAGAUGGAAGUCAAAUAUGGGCAAAUGUGUAGAUGCCUCCCCAUUAGUUAUAACACCAGCCACGGAUGAUUUAUCUGCAACUGUAUACGUUGGGUCUCAUUCUCACACAAUGCAGGCAAUUGAUUUACACUCAGGAAAAAUCAAGUGGGAGAGAAUCCUUGGAGAUCGUAUUGAAUCCUCUGCAUGUGUGUCUAAGUGUGGAAACUUCAUUAUUGUUGGCUGCUAUAAUGGUUUAGUGUAUGUACUCAGAAGCCAUAAUGGGGAAAUACACUGUAUCUUUACCGCUGAAGAUGCUGUGAAAAGCUCUGCAGUUGUGCAUCCUUCCACUGGACUAGUCUACAUUGGAUCGCAUGACCAGCAUAUAUACGCUUUGGAUAUUUAUAAGGAGGAGCAUGUCUGGAAGUUGCACUGUGAAGGUGGAGCUGUGUUUUCGUCUCCUUAUCUAAGUAUCUUGCCAGAUCACCUGUAUGCUGCUACACUAGGAGGACUUUUAUUGGCUGUAAAUCCAGAUACGGGUAAUAAGAUCUGGAAAAGUUCCUGUGGAAAACCCCUCUUCUCCUCUCCUCACUGCAGUGAGCAGUAUGUGUGCAUUGGAUGUGUGGAUGGGAAUGUGUACUGUUUUAGCCACUCAGGAGAAAAGGUUUGGCAGUUUUCCACCAGUGGACCAGUCUUUUCAUCCCCAUGUAUCUCAAGUUUAACUAAGCAAGAAAUAUAUUUUGGCUCCCAUGACUGCUUUAUCUACUGCUGUAAUAUAGAAGGAACCACACCUAGUGAAAAGAGAGAAGACUAUGUGGUAAUUUUCUUACUGUCUUUCAAGGACAGGAAAUUCUCCAAAGAGGGUCUCCCUAUCACUGUGAAAAUCUCCACAAAGGAAUGUUUAUAGCAGGGAUUCAAGUGAGUAACUUCCCUUCAUGUGAAUGUCAAUUACAAGCACAGACCUCUGCACUGAAUUUACCUCUCUGAAUUUAUGAAAGACACAAUAUAGGUUACAGUAGCAAUCAUAUAAACCAAAGAGAUGAUUUCAACUCUGAAUCAAUAGCAUGGUUUAGGUGAGAACUUGGCACGGAAACACAGUUUUUGAGAGGAGUGGUAAACCUCAAAGUAUUUCAGGUCAAUCUCAGUUCACAUGACCAUCCAGAAGUUUGCAUUCUUUUUUAAAUCUUAGCCAGAUUAACUGAAGCCAUUAAUGUCCCAUAGUGCCAAACCAAUUGGUGGAGGGAAAGGGGGUGUAGAAAGAGAGAAUUUCUCUAUCACCAGGUUGAUGAACUAGGAUUGAUGUUCCUCUACCUCCUCACUCAGGUAUGCACAGGUAUUGCUGCUCAUCUGCAUCCUGAUAGUGGAUGAUCAAACAUAAUUUAUGUGGUUAAAUGGACCAAGUUAAUGGCAGAAAGUCACACCUGCUUAGAUACCCAGAAGGAAAUUUGGUCCCACUGAAGUCAAUAGAAAAACUCCUUUUAAGAAGAGUCAUUUGAUGCCAGUCUUUUCAGACUUUUCCUUUUCUAGGUCUGCAUUCUACCUUGGAUUUACACACCUUCACUGAAAUAAACAGGAAUUCCACAUGCAGAACAAAACGGCCCUGUAAGGGUAUGAUCCAGUACAUUACUGAGUGCCCUAAACUCUCACUGAUUUUAGUAGAAACUGAAUCAGAACCUAAAUAUUCAUUCAGUAAUUUCUUUCUUAAAUUAAAAAUGAACCCUUAAUUUAGGGCCAGACUUCAAUACCCUUACAACAGAUAGUCGUCUUGCUCUGAGUAGCCCCAUUGGAGCCAGUGGGACGACUCUCAGAGUGAGGUAUUCAAUGUGAGUAAGGGUAUCAGAAUCUGGCUCUCAGUGAGAAAAUAUGCCAGCUGUCUCUCUGGCUCUAUUGCUUACAAAAUGUGCCUGUUUAUAUACAAAUUCCAGUGCUGAGGAAUAGAGGGAUGGAUGGGGUGCCUUGUAAUGCACAUAUUAUGACAUUUCACAUGUACAAACUGUGCUGUGAACACUGGAAGAUGCCUAUGAAUAGAGCUAUUGUAGAGAAUGGUAUGUGCAAUAAAAGAGAAACUGUAUCUUAUUUGUUCAGAUUGAAGAAUUGUAUUGUAAUCUGGAAUGUUUGAGAACUGUGCUGUAAAAAAAUGCCUAUCCAUAUGUAUGAGGUUUUUUUAAAAUUAUUUUAUCGAGAUUCCCAAGAGGUAGAACAUUUAUGCUUUGUGGUUCAUAUGUAGUUUUCAAAAUUACUCCCAAGAUUAAAGAUUUAUUCACUCAGAUGUAUAAGAAUUAGUUUGAAGGCUAAAAAUCUACAAAAGCCCACAUUUCUGU